GAUGACAUAUUCUUCAUUAUUGGAAUAUAAGAGGCUUCAUAUUCUCCGUUCCAAGUGGUGCCCAGCUUUCGAUUCCGCAAUCUUCCCUUCUUUUUUUCCACUGGGAAGAAAGAAGCGACUUGGAGAGAGAGGGAAGAGGAGAGAGCAUAAAUAAGUGGAGGAAAUCGAGGAAAGAUUGCAUCUUUUCGGGUAGAGAAGAUCGAUGUCGACGCCGGCGAGGAAGCGGUUGAUGCGGGAUUUCAAGAGGCUGCAGCAGGAUCCGCCGGCGGGGAUCAGCGGGGCGCCGCACGAGAACAACAUCAUGCUGUGGAACGCCGUGAUCUUUGGCCCCGAUGACACACCGUGGGAUGGAGGGACAUUCAAGCUAACUUUGCAGUUUACUGAGGACUACCCUAACAAGCCACCUACUGUUCGAUUUGUCUCACGUAUGUUCCAUCCAAACAUCUAUGCAGAUGGAAGCAUUUGCUUGGAUAUUUUACAGAAUCAGUGGAGUCCUAUAUAUGAUGUUGCUGCAAUACUCACUUCUAUACAGUCACUGCUCUGUGAUCCAAAUCCAAACUCGCCUGCAAAUUCUGAGGCAGCUCGGCUGUUCAGCGAAAACAAGCGUGAAUAUAACCGGAGAGUUCGUGAGAUCGUGGAGCAGAGCUGGACGGCUGACUGACCGCGAGAACUCUUUGUUCUUGUGCGAGAAUAAGGUUGUACCAGGGAAUCUAUUAUGUAGCUAGCUAGCAUGUGAAAAAGCGUUCGACUCUUCAGGACAGUGGUGCUUGUAUUGCUGUGCUGAAAUCCCUUUGAGCUGCUUGUUUAUUGUUGUUCUUAUGUAAACCAUGGUAUGGAUUGGCAAUCCAGGAUUCUUAUGUUUUAUGCUUUUA